AUGGAGGUUCCUGUUUAUCUGCCUUCCAAUAGGAACAAAACUCCUCCUUCUUCUAGUCCAUGUCUCGGCGAUCAAGAAUUGUUGCUGGUCAAGUUGAAAAAUACCCUUAUCUUCAAUGCAUCCGUGUCUUCUAAGCUGGUUACGUGGAAUCAGAACGCUCGCCAUUGGAAUGGUGUGACGUGUGACAAGGAUGGAAAGGUCAUCAGUCUAGACUUGAGCUUCGAAUCAAUCUCUUGCAAUAUUAACAGUUCGUCAAGUCUCUUUAGACUAAAGCAUCUUCAAAAGCUAAAUUUGGCCUUCAACGAUUUCAAAUCCUCUGCAAUUCCGUCUGGCUUCACAAAUCUCAGUGGCCUGGUUUAUCUGAAUUUGUCCAAUGCUGGAUUCUAUGGGCAGAUUCCAAUAGAGAUAGCGCGCUUGAGGAAGUUAAUGUUGGAAUUAAGCAUUCAUGAUCUUUCUCUUCUUUAUUUCCGUGGAACCGAUACACUAAAGCUCAAGAAUCCCAAUUUGAAGACCUUGAUCAGAAAUCUCACGGAGCUACGACAGUUACAUCUUGAUGGCAUUGACCUGUCUUCCGAGGGAAAUGAGAGGUGCAAUGCAUUGUCCUCUUCAGUGCGAAAACUUCAUGUGCUGAGCAUGUCUAAUUGCUUCCUCUCUGGUCCUGUCGACUCUUCCCUCGUGAAUCUUCAUCAUUUAGAGAUUCCCAGUAAAAUCUUUCAGGUGCAGACACUUCGGAUCCUUGACUUAUCAGGCAACCAACUUCUUCAGGGUCCUUUGCCCAAUUUUCCAGAGGACAGUUCUCUUGAGACUCUAGUCCUGACGUACACAAGUAUUUCAGGUAGGCUUCCAGAUUCAAUCGGUAAUCUUAGAAAAUUGUCGAGAUUGGAAUUGUCUAAUUGCAGAUUGAGUGGAUCGAUCCUGAGCUCAAUGGAGAACCUGUCAGAGCUGACUUAUUUGGACUUGUCUUUAAAUAAUCUUACUGGUUCAGUUCCUUCGUUCAGUAUGUCCAAGAAUCUGAGACAGAUUAUGCUAUUCCGCAAUGCUCUAACAGGAGAGAUUAAGUCCACCCGAUGGGCAGAACUUCUAAGCCUUGUAUAUCUAGAUCUGCUGUACAACUCACCGGAGGGCAGCGUUCCCCCGUCUCUCUUUAUACUUCCUUCGGUCAAGAUCAUAAAUUUGUCCAACAAUCAGUUUUCUGGUGAGCUGAGUGGGUCACUAAAUGUCACUUGCUAUCAACUAACCCUGCUUGAUUUGAGCAGCAACAAUUUAGAGGGGCCCAUACCAGCGUAUGUUUUUGAACUUCGUGGGCUUAGCUACCUCUUACUUUCUUCUAAUAAUUUCAGUGGCUCAUUGCACAUUGAUGCAUUUCAGCGGCUCAAGAACCUUACAUAUCUCGAUCUUUCCCACAAUGGUUUGUCAAUUAAUGCUACUGCUUCCACUUCUGCUAUGUUCAGUUUCCCACUCUAUACACUUUAA